AUGGCUACCGUAAACGUGAAUCGUAAUGUGACCGAUAUCUUCUACCGUUACAAGAUGCCUCGCAUCAAUGCAAAGGUAGAGGGUAAAGGAAAUGGCAUUAAAACGGUUAUCGUGAACAUGGCCGAGGUGGCCAGAGCGAUCGGUCGUCCUGCAACCUAUCCGACGAAAUACUUCGGUUGCGAACUUGGAGCGCAAACACAAUUCGACCAUAAGAAUGAACGCUUCAUUGUGAAUGGAUCGCACGAUGCUGCGAAGCUGCAGGAUCUGCUCGAUGGUUUUAUCCGCAAGUUCGUCCUCUGCCCGGAGUGUGACAACCCGGAGACGGAUCUGCUGGUAUCGUCCAAGAAGGGUACCAUCUCGCAGGGUUGCAAGGCGUGCGGUUUUCACGGUCCGCUCGAGGUGAACCACAAGGUGAACACGUUCAUCAUCAAGAACCCCCCGAACGUGAACCCGGCGAGCCAGGGAGCAUCGCUGACCGAGGGUAAGCGUAGCAAGCGCACCAAGAAGGGCGAAAACGGUGACGACUCAACGGUUGGGCUAAACACUACCGCUAACGGUGGCGGCGGUACCGAGAACGGUAGUGCUGAUGCAAAUGGCGAUGAGUCGCCGAACGGUUCGAUUGCGGGUGGUGCGGUUGGAGAGAAUGGUGAAGACGAUGUGAACUGGACGGUGGACACGUCGGAGGAAGCGGUACGCGCACGAAUGCAGGAUCUUACCGACGGUGCGAAGAAUAUGACCGUGUCGGACGAUUUCGAUAAAACGGAAAAGGAACGUAUCAACAUAUUCUACGAGCUGGUAAAGAAGAAGCGCGACGCGAACGAGCUGGACAACGUGCAGGUACAUAAGGAACUGGUAACCGAAGCGAGCCGGCUCGAUAUCCAGUCGAAGGCAACGCUCGUGCUGGUGGAGCUACUGUUCACGGCUAACAUUACGCAGGAGGCCCGCAAGUACCGUAACCUGCUGCUGCGCUUUACCCACGAGGACAAGAAGGCGCAGAAGUACUUUAUGGGCGGGUUGGAGCAAAUGAUUUCGCUUCACGCGGACAAGCUGAUGGACAAGGUGCCCGGCAUACUGAAGCUCUUCUACGAUAGCGAUGUGCUGGACGAGAAGGUCAUUCUGGAUUGGUCGCAGAAGGUUAGCAAGAAGUACGUCUCGAAGGAAGUCGCUGCUCAGAUUCACGAGCGUGCCAAACCGUUCGUCCAGUGGCUGCAGGAGGCGGAGGAGGAAGAGUCGUCCGAGGAAGAUGAUGAUUCGGAGGUCGAAAUCGAGUACGAUGACCGCGCGAAGGUGGAUUCGCUGCGCAAGGAACCGGCCAAACCGGACUCGAAGAAGCUGGCCAAGGCAUCGCUCGAAGAGGACGAGGAUGGUGACGAUUUGAACAUCGACGAUAUCUAA